AUGGCGCCGGACGCAGCAUUUUCAAACAUAAGUGACAAGAAUGAAUUCACUAAAUUCGCAAAGUUUCUAGCUUACAAAGGAGUUCAGGUUAUAGUGGAGUCUAGGAAGGGUGUCAAAAUAGAACCGAAUAGUAAACCACAUACUUCAGACACUGAUUGGUUUAAUUUACAAAUACCGGAUUCACCGGAAGUCAAUCAAGCUACCAAAAACGCUCUACCCUCAGACAGAAUAUUAGAGACCAUAAGAUGUCAACUACACGUAGAAAUAUCCGUGCAAACGGAAGACGGGGAUGAAAUGGUGCUGGAACUGUGGACCCUCAAGCUGGACGACGCUCAGUUUGAUACGUCUCUAAAGGCUAUGAACACGGUCUACUUCAGGAUGGGGAUCCUUUUGAAGUCACUCAUAACAAUCACGAGAAUAACACCAGCGUAUCACUUAUCAAGGAAACAAAGAACCGAAUCCUUCACGAUAUUCUACAGGGUAUACAACGGUGAGCCAAAACUGAAGACGCUGGGCGAUUCGGUAAAGAAUAUACAGGCGGGUAUAUUGAAGACUCCUUUGGGCGGUUUGUGUUUCACCGUCUCAUACCGAACGAACUUCUCCAUAUCACCGAAUCAGUCCAAGACAGAUAAAGCGCUGUUGCUCAAAAGCGAUCAUUUCGAGCUGAGCCCCAAACACGUUAUAUUCGAGUCAAAGAAAAAGAAGGAGAAAGAACCAAGGUCCUCGUCUCCUAUAGACCUGAGUAAACCAUUACGGCUGGCAGCCUUUGUAGACGAGGUCGCAAUCAGGGAGGUCAUAAAGGAAUUCCUAGAGAAAUUACCUCUACCAGCGUGCAGAAUGACCCAAACUAAGGCACCCGAAGAAAAAACGAAUGACAGCAAGAGCACUCAAAACCUGGACACAGUAUCCGAGAGUCCGAUAUCAGUUGAGAUGCCACCGAAGAAGUUUUCAGGAUUCCGCAACGAGAACGAACCUCCGCUGAAACUACUCCAUUUUCCAUUCGCCGAUGAUCAUCCAAUACGUGAAUUGGCUGAAUUCUACAAGGACUUCUUCAACGCACCGCAUUUAAAGCUGUCUGAUGAACAUAAGGCGUGCACUGAGAGCAAAGAACUCGAAAUGAGCACCGACGACCUGUCCAAAGACCUUUUACUCCACGAAAAUUCUGUCAGAGAGUUCGACGAAUUGCUAGCGGACAUGUGCCGUUCCGCCGAGUGGAGCGCUAAUUAAGGGUUAUGGGUAUCCGAACGGUUAUGGAAGACUGAAAUGAUAGAUUCUUUAAUAAAUAUAUGAUAUAGAAUUUUUCAUUUAUUUAUAUAUUAAUCUUUAUUCCAAUUUUAAGUUAGUUUUAAUAUUUCCAACAAUGACAUCUUUGAAUUCGAUUUGAACACCUUGAUAUCUCACGAUAGCGUUACAUAACUCGAAUGUUAUCUAUAAAUCGAAUAUUAAAAUUAUAAGACAAUAAUCGAUGUAUCGAUUAUAAAGUCAUGUUUCUAUUGAAUGUUUGGAAAUGUUGCCUUUUUUAUUGUAUAUAAAUUUUAGAAUACCUUUGUGUAUAAUUAGUUCCUAUAUUAUUUUGCCAACGUUUUAAUAUAAUUAUCAUGUGUUAUAUAAUUUUUCCACGAUUUGUCUCAAGGGGAAAUACGUAUUAAACAAAUAAAAGUAAUAACUUUCAUUCCAUGCGCUCUCAAAUUAAUCGGUUUAUGUGAUAUAAUAUUUUUUACCUUACUUUCAUUAAGACAAAUGUUAUGUUGAAAUUUUCGACGUAAUUUCAUAGUUAUAUCCUAUAUUGUUCUUAGAUAAAAAUCUUGAAACUGA